UGUUUGAUUCUAUACCUGGUUUCGCCCUUUUACUUAUUUGUACUUUUAUUUAUUAACUAUUCUCCAUACAUUGUGGUCCUUCACACAACUAAAAAAACCCUUACCACUUACCAGAUCUUUUGAGUUUUGCUUCUCAAUGGAAAGAACAAGUCACUCUCUCUUUCUAUCUAAAAGAAGUGCUUCUUUGACGAUUAUUCCGCGUAUUUUAUCUGACUAAUUUGGGAUAUUAAUGGUGUGCUUAUUGCCAAUCAAUCUUUAUCUUCUUUCACCAAUCAUACGGUCAACUUAGUAAGACCUUAAGCAUUAGAUCUUUUUCUCACUGGUAAGCAGCUUCUCAGGUGUUUUAGGGGAAUAAAUGUGUUGUAUAUCUCAUCAUAGUUUAUUUGAGGUUGAAGCAAAAGUAGGCAGGGAUUUAUACUGAUUGGAUUUGAGGGUAAAAAGGCUGUUAGCGAUGGCUUUCAAGCCAUUGGAUUGGUAUUGCCAACCGGUGGCGAAUGGUGUCUGGGGAACAGCAGUGCAAAAUGCACUGGGAGCUUAUACACCCUGUGGCACAAACAGUCUUGUGAUUUGUGUGUCACAUUUAGUUAUGAUGGGGCUUUGUCUAUAUCGAAUAUGGAUAAUCCAGAAUAAUGUGAAAGCUCAGAAGUUUUGUUUGAGGUCCAAGUUUUACAAUUACCUCCUGGCUUUGUUGGCUGGUUACUCUGCUGCUGAGCCUUUGUUCAGGUUAAUCAUGGGCGUUUCGGUGCUUAAUUUGGAUGGGCAGGCUGGUCUUGCGCCGUAUGAAGUGAUCUCAUUAAUCAUCGAAGCUCUUGCUUGGCUCUCAGUGUUCGUCAUGACUGGCAUAGAAAUUAAAGUAUAUGUUCGGGAAUUCCGAUGGUUUGUCAGAUUUGGUAUCAUGUAUGCUUUGGUUGGAGAUGCUGUGAUGCUCAAUCUCAUGCUUACUUUGAAGGAGCACUAUGAUAGGUUGGUUCUUACAUCUUUAGUGCUUCUUUGACUAACUCUGACAUCU